CAAAAUUGGAUCUGGCUCAAAAUCGGAUAAAACCGACUCGGUAACGCGCCUACCCAACUGCAUAUUGACAUAUUGUGCCCAACCCCGCCUUCUCUCUCUCCCUCCCUCCCUCAUAUUCCCGUCCACAGAACACGGAAGAGAACAAGAGGCUCCUGCUGAUUGGCGGACGGAAUAGUUGAGUAUCAAGUGAAGUUCCAGUGGUCUAUUUGAUGGCAAACACAUUUGCUUCAGCCUUAAUGUCACAAUCUAUCAAGCAUACCCCCUUGCCUGAUACUUCUUCCUGCACGUCUUUGUAUUAUUCCUCAAACUUAAAUUCACCUCUUUCUAAGUGGAAGAUCAGAAGAAUCAUGGACUGUAGAAAUGCCUUCCACACACUGCAUGUGCCUAGGAAGUGGAUGGUUUGUGCUACUCAAACACAAUCUGCUAUUCAUUUGGAUAGUGAAGAAAGAGAGAAGUGGGAUGCUUGUAAGCGUGUCCUGUGCUUGAUAAAAUUGAACGAUGAUGAGGUUGAUGUUAUUCUCGGCAAAUCGUUUGGUUGGACUAAAUCACCUUACUGGAGUGAAGAAAAAACAAAGACUCUGCCCAACAUUGAGCUGCUGAACAAUGUACUGGGUUACCUAAGUAAUUUGGGACUUUCCGAUGAUGACAUCUACAAGCUGCUCAAAAAGUUCCCAGAAGUACUAGGGUGUGAACUUGAAGGGAUGAAGCAAAAUGUGGAGACUUUAGACCGGCAAUGGGGCAUUAGUGGAAAAUCUCUUAGAAGCCUCCUCCUACGAAAUCCGAAAGUUCUUGGUUAUUAUGUGGAUUGUAAAGGUGAUUGUGUCGCUAAGUGUACUCGGUGUUGGGCACGCUUCUAGCCUGGCUUUCUAAUUGCUGUAAAUACGGAGCACUUCUUAGUCGAAGCAUCUUCAAAUAUGAAACCCAAACUUAUGCUGCAUGUAUCAUUGUAAUAUUCAAUCCUUCCAUCACAUUAUUCAUGUAAAAGCUGUAUUCACUGCUUUCACUUACCAAGAAUAAAUGAAUACAAAGGGAUGAGCAUUUCUUGGUAAAAGCAUCUUUAAAUAUGAAAACAAAGCUUGGUGC